GGGCUCCCCGGGCGAACGCAAGGAUCACGCCCAUCCAGCCGGAGCAGGGGGGAUGACUGGAAGGAGUUGGGUAAUCCAGAGAUUCCGGCGGUUCUGACGGCGCUGUUCCGAGAGGCGCAGUCCCACAACAGCAAUAUGAUGUCUGCCAUAGAGACUGGUGCCUCUGUGUACCAACCUGCACAGCUGCUCAACUGGGUCUAUAUGUCUUUGCAAGACACCCAGAGCAGCGCCUUUGAUGCGUUCAAAGCCGAGUCGGACACUUCUCCUCAGGACAUGAACUACUCCAAGCGCAGCGCCGCCGACCUGAGCUCCAACUAUCUCAACAACUUCUUCCAUCUGCGGAGUGAGGCCUUGAAGAACAAUUUCUACAAGGGCUCCUCGCCCUACGGGUCCCUCAACAAUAUCGCGGACGGCCUGAGCUCUCUGGCAGACCAUUUCUCAGACCUCUCCCUGUCCCCCGAGACACGCAAACCCAGCAAAAGGCCACCGCCCAACUACCUGUGCCACCUUUGCUUCAACAAAGGACACUACAUCAAAGACUGCCCUCAGGCUCGACCCAAAGGUGAAGGCCUGACCCCGUAUCAGGGAAAGAAGAGGUGUUUCGGUGAAUAUAAAUGCCCUAAAUGCAAGAGGAAGUGGAUGAGCGGGAACUCCUGGGCCAACAUGGGACAAGAAUGUAUCAAGUGCCACAUCAAUGUUUACCCUCAUAAGCAGCGACCUCUGGAGAAACCGGAUGGGUUGGAUGUGUCGGACCAGAGCAAGGAGCAUCCACAACACCUGUGCGAAAAAUGCAAAAAGCUCGGCUACUACUGCCGCCGUGUGCAAUAACACACUCUGCGCGACUUCCUUCCUUGUAUCGAAAAGGGACAGUUACAUUUUAAUGACUAAAAAUACAUGGUAAUAAACUUUAUUGUAGUGUAAUGCAUCUAACGGUUUAUUCUCAUGAAAUAUUCUCUCGGACAAUGUGACUCUCAGUGUAAAGAGGCUCAUUGUGGUGGAAAUUUUCUAGAGUGUCUCUCUGUGGUGAUGAGUACUUUGCAUUUGUUGGGUGCUUGGGAGUUACUCAGUUAUCAUUAUGUGAAUAUUCAUUUGAAGUUUUAACUAUGAACCAAGAAUCUUACCAACUGUGAAUUAAGAAACUUUAGAUCUGUGUCUGUCUCCACUCAUGUCCAACACGUUGGAGCCAAAUUCAUGAGUGUAGUUUCCGGAUGAAGAUUCUCUUUUACAUGUUUGUACAUUCCAGAAAUAACUUAAAUGAUGUUUUCUGUAUAAAAUAUGCAACAAGUCUUUACCAAGAAGGAUAUGCAGUAUUAAUGUGUAUCUGCAUUAUUAUAUGUAUUAUCAGUACUGGAGGGUACAUAAUUUUUGAAUAUAUUUUUAAGCCUUUACUGUUUGGUUAAUUGUUACACUUUGUGAAGGAAUAUAUUAGCCAACUAACAUUUAUUCUUUAUAUACUACGUGCCUACAAUUAUUUGUGAAAAUGCCUUUUAAGUAGUUUGUUAUUCCAAAGUUGUAAACCAAUGAAAUAUGGUAGAAACAUUUUAUUUCCUGACAAACAGAAUAAAUUACACAACACUUAUAUUUUGGCACCCAGUGCUACGAGAGACUCACCAAAGUGCUUCUAUUACGGGACGUAGGUUGUAAUGUCUCAUAGUUAACAUGAGACCAAAAAAAAAAAAAAAAAAAA